UUUUUGUUCAGCAAUUUUUUAUCGGUCACAAUUUUCGAUUUUUUCCAUAUUUGAUUUUUUUUUGUAAUCGAUCUCAUUAAUAACAACAACUAUGAGUACCGUUUCAGACAAUAAUAAAGCUCAGGCAUUGUCUGCUAAAAAUAAAGGCAAUGAUCUUUAUAAACAACGAAAAUUCGAUGAAGCAUUGGCCUGUUAUGAUCAAGCGAUCGAAUUGGAUCCAACCGAUAUCACUUUUUUGAAUAAUAAAUCGGCCGUCUAUUUUGAACAAGGUAAUUAUGAUGAAGCAAUCAAACAAUGUGAAAAAGCAAUCGAAAUUGGUCGAGAAAAUCGUGCCGAUUUCAAAUUGAUUGCUAAAGCAUAUGCCAGGAUGGCCAGCUGCUAUCAACGUAAAGAACAAUAUGAAGAUGCGCGAACAUUUUUUCAAAAAUCAUUAACCGAACAUCGAACUCCGGAAACAUUGUCCAAAUUGAGUGAUGUUGAAAAAAUAAUCAAAGAAAAAGAACGUAAAGCCUAUAUUGAUCCAGAUAAAUCGUUGGAGGAGAAAAAAUUGGGUAAUGAAAUGUUCCAGAAAGGUGAUUAUCCUGCCGCAAUCAAACAUUAUACGGAAGCUAUCAAACGAAAUCCGGAUGAUGCUAAACUUUUCAGUAAUCGUGCCGCCUGUUAUCAGAAGCUAACUGAAUUUAAUUUGGCUUUAAAAGAUUGUGAAGAAUGUAUUCGCCUUGAACCAACUUUUGUGAAAGGUUAUAUUCGAAAAGGCUAUGCUUUGUUGGCCGCAAAAGAACAUGCAAAAGCUCAAGCAGCUUUUCAGAAAGCAUUGGAAAUUGAUGAAAACAACAAGGAAGCAAUCGAAGGCUAUCGUAAAUGUUGUAUGUCUUCAUCGCCGGAAGAUAUUCGUAAACGAGCAAUGGCUGAUCCUGAAAUACAAAAAAUUCUAGCUGAUCCUGCUAUGCAAAUGAUUCUUCAACAAAUGCAAAAUGAUCCAAAAGCAUUACAUGAACAUUUAAAAGAUCCAGAAAUUUCAAGCAAAAUUUUCAAAUUGAUGGAAAGUGGAAUAAUUUCGGUUCGCUAACUUGCAAAAUUGAAAAUUUUUUUUCUCCAAAACUCAGUUUUUUAUUCGAUAAAAUACAACUAACAAUAAGCAACACAUGCAUAGCUGAAUUAGUGUGUUUUCCAGCCAAGCCUAUUCUAUGCUCGAUGUAUUUUUAUGGUCACUUUUUUUAUAAUAAAAAAAAAAUGAAUAAAUGACAUUUAUGGAUUAUCUCUGAAAAAAA